AUGGCCUUCUUCGCCAGGCCCUCCUCCUCUGCUGUCAAAAUUGUCGCUCCUUCCGUCACAAGUCCACCGCCCAGCCCGAAACCGACAUCCAAGAGGGACGCUACUCAGCGCCAGUGUAGGAAUAUUCUGAUUUAUGGAUCAUGUAAAUAUCAGGACAAAGGUUGUAUCUACUAUCAUCCACCCCGCGAUACUCCGUCUCCUGUACUUCCAGAGUCGCCUGUCCCGAGCGCAGCGCUCCCGGCCCAGGCCGUCAAUGCACCUGUAUUUGUUCCUAAGACACCCCACUACCCUACGAGCCCACCUACUCCCGUUAUUGUACCUUUGCAAAGCCCACCGUCCUCACCUUCACCUUCGUCAGCUCCGUCCGACCUCUCAUACGAGCACCAUGAGCCAUUUAACCCAUUUGCUUCCGAUGAUGAAGUUGUCAACGAUGGGUCUAAAGUUCCCGCUGUCAAUCCGUAUGAGCUGCCAUCGGACUCGAUGCUUGGCUAUGAUCCUGCGAACAUGGUGGAUUCCUUUUACACGCCUCCAUAUUACGCUCAGCAACCAUUGAAUUAUCACCUGUACACCCAGGCCCGCCCCGAAGUACUAGCGCACAAGUACUUCAUAUCCGACUCCAUCCGCGAGGAACUGCAGAGGCGCUCGGAGACUAUUCGUACUGCACUGGUACCUGAUAUGAUGUUGCCCGAGGAGAUGCAGGGGUACCAUUCACUAGUCCCACUGGAGCCAUCCACAGGCGAUCGGCGCAAAUUCGGCAAUUGGUACUCCAGUGUAUAUCGAGCCACGAACUCUGCCGAUGGGUUGCAGUAUGUACUGAGAAGGAUUGAGAACUUCCGGCUCAUGCAGCAAACGGCAUUUACUGCGAUUGAAAACUGGUCUCGUCUGCGGCACCCAAACAUCGUCUCUGUCCAGGAAGCGUUCACCACCCGUGCCUUCACAGACAGUUCACUCGUCGUGGUGUACGACUACCACCCGAACGCGCAGACGGUUUACGAGGCUCACAUCAAGCCUAAGGCUCCGCAAUUCCAGAACGGACGUCUGCAGACGCAGUCGAACCGCAUACCCGAGCAGACUAUGUGGUCGUACGUGAUCCAGAUUGCAAAUGCGAUCAAGGCGGUACACGACUCCGGGAUGGCCGUUAGGAUUAUCGACCCUACCAAGAUCCUUCUCACUGGAAAAAAUAGGGUCCGUAUUGGCUCGUGCGGGGUCGUUGAUGUGCUCAUGUACGAGUCGCAUGCGGACAUCGCGUUCCUCCAGCAGGAGGACCUCGCGAUGUUCGGGAAGCUCAUAAUCUCGCUGUGCUGCAAUAACCCUGCACCUAUGAACAAUUUGGUAAAGUCAAUGGAGACCGUCGGGCGGCAUUACUCCUCGGAUCUCAAGAGUGUGGCCUUGUUCUUGAUCUCCAAGCCUGGCCCUCACAAGAUCAUCGGACAGUUGUUUGAUAUGAUCGGAAGUAGGCUGCUGACGGAGAUGGACGAGAUGCAGAACGCGGUGGACCGCCUGGAGGGUGAGCUGCUGACCGAACUGGAAAAUGCACGUCUUGUCCGGCUUCUGUGCAAAUUCGGUUUUAUCAACGAGCGGCCUGAAUUCGCACGCGAACCACGCUGGUCAGAGACGGGUGACAGAUACAUCGUCAAGCUCUUCCGCGAUUACGUGUUCCACCAGGUCGACGAGCAGGGCAAUCCGGUCGUCAAUCUGUCGCACGUCCUGACAUGUCUCAACAAGUUAGACGCGGGGACUGACGAGCGCAUCAUGCUGGUAUCUCGCGACGAGCAAAGUUGUUUGGUCGUGAGCUACAAGGAGGUCAAGUCGUGCAUCAACUCGGCCUUCAGCGACCUGUCAAGAAGGUGA